AUGAGCACACCAGAAGUUAAGAAAGGUCGAUCGUGCUUGCUUUCGGAGAAAGAUGGCAGAACUUUGGAGCGUUUAUUGACAUCCAAACAGAUCUCUACAUGCUAUGCUGAGAGUUUAGGAACGAGAGAAUUAGAAUCUGACAGUGAUCGGAUUUAUUUUUACACAAACAUAACAUCCUGCAUUUUAGCGAAGUCACGUUGCGCUCAGUACAAUCCAAUUUCUGGCGAGUUACAAAAUCAGUUUUUUGUAACCGGUCUUUCACAAACAGGAUCGGCAGUUGUCAACAAAUUGAAUUCCGCUGCCAACGGAGGUUGGACUAGGCCCCAACCUCCGUUGGCGACAGUUACACCAUCAACAUUAUAUUUUAAUUCAUUGCAAGUAUCAGAAAAUGGUGACAUUCGUAUUAUAACAUUUCCUACUGCCACAACAAACUUGAAUGAUUUAUUUUGUUCCCGUUUUCCAAAUUUGCAACAAGCUGGCUUUGGAACAUAUAAUUGUUAAAUAAAAAUCUUCAAUUUGUUCUAGGGGUUUACAAUUUUUAGGAAUUACAAUUUUUGGAUUUUUUACAUAAGAGAACGAAUGACAUUUUA